AGUCGUGACAUAUUGCGACCAAGUCGGCGCUCAUCGUGUUCAUCGAUUUGACCCGGCCCAAAGUCGGCUGGGUGGUUCGUACCUCGCAAUGGCGGCGCCCGGCGCUUCCACAAAGACUGGAAGUGCUGCGUGCGCGCCAUUUCUAGCCCUGCUUCUUGUGUUACUGGUCACCGGAAGAGCUUGGUGUGAUCUUUGCAGAGGCUCCGUCGGUCCUAUGGAGUCGCGACGGCUUCGCGCCGGAGCUCGCGCGGAGCCGGAAAGGCCGAAGAGAGGACGGCGCCAGGUGCAUGCGAGCGCCAGUCGCACGAGGCCGAGCUUGAAGCAGGUGCUUCGUGGCGUGGUUCGAGAGACUGGAACCACACCAGUGGUGCAGCUGGUGUGGGAGGUGGAAGGCCAGCGCAAGCUUUCACCCUUCUGCGGGAGACUGAAGGCUGAACAGAUGAAGAUUGCCAGGCUGCAGGAGGGCGAUGAAGUUCAGGUGCGAGUGAUUCCAGGAGGGGAGCAGCUCACGUUGCAGCUCUUAGAUGCUCCCACUCAAGGCCGCGGUGCUCUGCAGCGUGCACCACACUCACGCAGAUAUCCCGAGCUCGAUUGGCCUCCCAAAGAGGGUCGGAAGGAUGAUUGGAAUUGGAUGGAUGCCGAGCCUCUUCCGUAUUGCCUGUGUGGCAUUGCAGCUCAGCAUCUCCGCAGCGAAGUGACUCAUGUGGAGGCGACCAAGGCCACCCUACGCUUCUUCUGGGAGCCCACAGGCUCUCGGGACUCUGACGACCUGCAGCUUGAGCUCUCGCCGAUUGCUGCGACGCUGCCCGCGGAGGAGCUUUGGGCUUACUUGAACCUAACGACGAGACCGCCGUGCAGCGAGCUGUUGCAGCCGGGGCAAUUCUUAAGCGUUCAACUGAAGGAUCCCGGAGCUUCUGCAGAUCUUCAGGUUGCUUUGUCUCCGUUGCAGCCCAUGCGGCCGCAGCCUGCUCUGUCUUCCGCAGGUAGCUACGCAACCCUCGUUUGGCGUCAGCACCUGGGGCGCGCGCGGGUCUUCGAUGCACAUCAGGUGGCGUUUCAAGAGACCCCUGAGCAGGUCGCCACGCGCAUGGUCGCGAAGUUUGGCCAGUUGAAGUCUUGGAGACUUCAAUCCAGCUCUGCAUUCGCCACUGCAGCGUUUGCCGUCGCCAGCGCAUCCAUGACUGGGGCGAGACAAGACCUAGUCAUCCUUGGCACCAUGCCCAGGGCAGAACGCUUGUCACUCUUGGCGCUGCUCAUCGCACAGCAUUUGGACCAAAAGCUCCUGUGGCCACAGGAGCGUGUGCUGCUGCUGGGUCCCUUUGCCAGAGAGAGGCUGCGAAGCCUGUACCGAUCGGCGGAGGGCGAUGAAUUGGCCCGGCAGCAUCUCAGCCGUGUGCGGCAUCGGACGAUCGCUGGCUCUUGCCGAUAUGUCCUGCAAAAGUUUGCGCACAUGGGGGACACGCUGACGCGCUCCAUCUCACUGGUGGUGCUGGAGGGUUUGCCAUCCGCUCCUGGAGUUCAAAGGGAGUUGAAUGAUGUCCUACGGGCCUUGCCUGAGAGGCGCUGGGGCCCGACGCUUCUGUGGCACCGCGACCCACACGACUUCGGACCCACAGAGCAACCGCCGAUGGUGCAGGCGUUGCUUCAGGCGCCGGCACGGUUGCGCACGGCGAGCGCUUUGCAUGGAGCGGAGCAACGCAUGAUCUUGGUACCUGACAGCCUCUCUGUUGCGGCCCAAUUGGUAGCACAGCACCUUGCGCAGAGGAACAGUGUCACGGUCUUCGCUGACACCAAGCUCUUCAUCCUGGGCGAGCUGAAAAAGCUCGUGCAAAACUUGGAGGAGGACUUGGCGGCCGGCAGGCUCUUGUUGUUCAACAACGAGGAUUGGAACUCUUCGAGCCUGUCGGAUGUGAUGAUCCAUGCGCUGGCACCUCCAAGCCCUGCAGCCUACUGUGAUCGUUUGGCCUCCUGUCGCAAACUGGCCAUCACCCUCAUUGACUUCAAGAUGGUAGAUGGCGUCGAGAGGCUGAACAGCGCCUGGUUGGAUUUCGUCAGCGACGCUCACGAGCUGCUGCGGGGUGACGAUGCUCGCCGGCUACGAGCGAUGCGCAGGCUCGAGCGUCAUGGCUACACCAAGAUGUCAGAGUCCUUCCAAGAGGACUUCCAGUCGCAGGAGGAUGAGAGUCUUGGCAGAAGGAACCAGCCCAGCACGCCCCAAUCCGGAAGCCCGUCAUCACUGUCAUUUGUGUGGCCUCCUCCACUGCAAUGAUCGAACAUUCCUGUCGAACACAACGAGUUCAAGACAUGACAAGACUCAAGGCCUAUGAUGAAGGGUUUAAGGCUUACAGUUUACAUAAACGGAUAUGAUUCGAUAUGAAAUAAAAACAACAAAUAGGACCGUGUCCAUGCCCGUGCUGCCAGUAUAGGGUACGCCCUAGUAGGUGGGCAUCGCAGCAUCGCGUCAUGUUGUGCAAAGGGAGGCCCUAAAAGACCCCUUGAAGAGGAAUGAUCAACACCAAAAUCAUCAAGCAAUUCUAUCCUAUUCCCAACGCUUAUAUGCCUACAUUGAUCCCAGAAGCCACCCUCACCUCAACGCAUGGAAGACCACUCCAGAUGACGAGGCUUCGAAAGAAUGGAUUUUUCCUCAGACUUGGUCCCGAUGGUUGAGGAUUUGAGGAAAGUCCACCAAGUUAUGUUAGUUGUGAAAGAUCUAUAGCUGCCUUAGAAGCUUAACUGCCUGAAGUAAUUUGACCUUUUGAUACCUUUUGAACUUGUUCUACUCCUGGAGUUGCUGGGGCAGUUUGCCAAAGAAUUCAGAGAUCCAAGUUCGAUUCUUUUUCAUGGGGGGUUGGGGUUCAUGUCCUCCCAAAUGAUCUUGGGAAGUGGAGACUUUGAUUGGAUGCCCUUGGCCUUUGGCCUCCAAUCGACUUUAUUCAUUGAGAAGUUUGGGUCUUUUCAGCUCAGUUCCCGAGGCCGCCCCAUGGUGUGAUUCGGCGUGUUUCAUCCGGUUUCAUGAUGCGAUGGUGCAUCUCAAAGGGGGACGACCAAGUCAUGGUCAUGGAUGACCGACCUGGAUUUAGAGAUUCAGAAUGCAGACAUGUUCCAAAAAGCAUGGAUGGCCGCCAGAUGGAUUUGGAUUUGGCAAGCUACGGGAAGCGAAUCCAAAGGCUCGCCCGGCUCGCACCGAGGUUAGUUUGGCAGGCUGGAAUUGCAGAGUCUGACACAGAGUUGAUUUUUGAUCGUGGCGUGUAGGGAGGGUGGGUUUUGCAGGACGAAGAUCAGAAACAUACCUG